CUGGCCCUCCGUCUAAAGUUAAGAAGACCGCGAGAAGAGCUAGUUAGUCAAGGCAUCAUGCCCCCCCUCAAAACCACAACACCAGCAUUCCAUGAACAGAGACAGAGAUUAGAGAGAGCAAAGGUUGGAGAUAGUCUACAGAGGAAAAUGAGAAUGAGACCAGACAAGGCUCAGCUUGUGCACCAACACAUUCUAGAAGAUACCAAUAUGGAGCCCAUGGUUAGUGCCACACAUCAGCGACUAAAGAGGGCCCGGAUUGAACAGGACCUGGACUGCAAGAUCAAGAACAGACCCGGUCCUCUUGAACUCAUCGAAGGCAACAUCUUGAAAGCAGAACAUUUUGUGGAGCAGGCUGUCAAAGAUGGCAAGGUCAAGUUUCUGAAGACUAAUGAGAUGGAUACGUGUGAUGAUUCACCUUAUAACUUUGAUGAGGACAGUCAAGAGGGGGGUAGCGAUGAACCCAUGUCACCCCCUCAGCUCUACUCCCAGCAAUCUGAUAAUCCUCCAAGCAGUGUAGGGAGUAUACCCUCACCCCCGGACUUUACUUCAUACUAUGACCAUCACAUGAUUCCUCCUUCAAUAACUUCCAGCAGCCCUAUUCAAAUUAGGAUUCCAUCGACCACCCCGACGACAAUGUCGAUGAUCACGAUAAAGCAGGAGCCAGGUGUCACCAGCCCCCCUCCGAUUGUCAGCAUGCCGAACACAGUCACGUCAUCGUCGCCGUCGAGCAGUAAGAGCGGGUCGUCAUCGUCCUCGAGCUCAAAGAAUUCUAGGAAGAAACAGACGAAGAGGAAUAAGCCAAAGGAGAUAAAAUUCCACGAGUACAAGCCUCCUAAUGAACAGGCAAAUAAACUAGCGAUUCCACCCAAUGCCAGUAACCCUUAUAACUUGUUGUUAAUGCAGCAGCAACUGCUUCUGCAACUUCAGCUGUUACAACAGCAGCAUCACCAGCUUAUUCUACCCAAUGCUCCAAACAUGAGCACGACGACAUCCAGCAAAUUAUCAUCAAACAGUAAUCAGGGGUCUCAAUCUCCAAGCAGUACCACGGUGACGAGCUCGUCCUCACCGACACCUCAAGAUAACAAGGCUAAUGUGGCCAACUGCACAAAGACAAGAAUCCUCUCAAACCUUGAGGAUAUGAAGGUUUCAGAGUUAAAGAUGGAGUUGAAGAAUAGAGGACUUCAUGUAUCUGGCACAAAGCCCCAGCUUGUAGAGCGGUUACGCCCCUAUGCGGAUGUGUCUAUGUCACCCGUAGCGACUGCAAAUUCCUCUAAUCAAGAUGUCACGUCAUCGUCAACAUGUUCAGGAACAAGUGGUACCAAGGUCACAAGCUCAACUGAUGCUGGUCAAGAGGUUGCGAGUGAGACUAGCAGCGCAAGGGCAUCUAUGAGUUCACCGCCAGUGUCUCCUCCUGACUUCAAAUCUCCAGUCUCUGUAGCCACUUCUGAGAUGUCUGACCCUGCUUCUCCCGGCAGUGCCUUUGAUCCAAUGUCCCCUUCCACAUUCCAGAUGGCACCACCUCCAUCGGUCACCACCAAUCCCGGUUCAGUUGUCUCGGCAUCCUCACCCCCCAGUGUUUUCAGCCCCAGCUCAGAAAGCAUACAGAAGCAGCAGGUCCAGACCAAUGUGCAGAUGCUGAACUCUUUCCAGAAUCAAACCUUCCAGAUGGAGUUGAACGACAGCAACUCUGUCAUGGAGCAGGUGAUGGACAUGUCUGCUCAGUUGGCUUACAACGAUCCGGCGGUCAGCAGCGAUAUUCUCCGCAAACAACAACAGAAGAUCGAAGAGCUCCAGAGGGCUCUCAGGUUAUCACAGCUCCAACUGCGCCAACACCAGACAAACUUGCAGUCACCUAUCCUGAGUCCACCUCCUGCUCCACCACCUCCACCGGCUCAUACUGCAGCCCCUUCUGGAGCAACUGGUGUAUCGCCCAAAACGGGUUCUCCGAUCAAGCUUGCAAGCAUCAAUCCGCCUCCACCUCCCCCUCCUCCAAUAAGCAUGCCAUCCAUCAACAAUCCUCCAGCGACGACCAUUUCAACGGCCAUCAAACCACCACCCCCUCCCAUAACAGCAGUUCACAUCAAGUCCCAAUCCCCUCCGAAGCAGUCCUCCCCACCUGUGUUCCAACCUCCAGACUUUGCCACAUCCUUGAACCAGCAGCAGAGGACCUUUACCUUCACCACACCCUCACCCAACGGUCAACCCUUCCUCUUCUCAAAGACGACUCAAGAAGUCAAACCAGGGGCAUUGUCUAAUGGACUCUUGCCUGGACAGAAGUCGUCGUCUUUGCCCAGCAGUCCGACCGAUCCGGAUGCAGUUCUGGGUAUCCCCAGUGGGGCCAGUCUACCGGCCUACAACAGUCCACCACCUAACUAUGAAGAGGCUGUCAGACAAACCAAGGAAAGAAAGGCUCACCUCGGCUCCCUCUUGAAUCCUAUCAACACGGAGACUGGUGAACCAAGGAUGACAAAGAGCCAAGACCUAGAUGAUCUUCUGGAGGUUCUGGUUGAUCAUGGAUAUCAAAUUCCAGUAACUCCCAAGAACAAGGAUGUGAUAAACUUGAGUCAUACAAGACUCCAGACUCACAUCUCACUCCCAAGUUUCUCCAUGGCCACGACAUCAUCUAGCCCAAGAUUCUCACAGGCAGGAGUGCUGAACUCUACAUCCACCAGCCAACAAGGAAUACCACAGAGUCAGAUGCCCCAUCCCCCUCCACCACCACCUCCCCAUCCUCAGCAACAGCCGCAACAACAACAGUCUCAAGAGCAGCAGCAACAACAGCCUCGGCAGCAGGUGAAACAGCAGCAGCAGCACAACCAUCCAGUUGCAGCAGCACCCAUUGCCAUCCCUCAUUCUUCUUCUGCUCCUUCCCCAUCCCCAAUAGAGCUACCGAUGGACGUAGACACCGCCGACAUGACCCUCAAUGCACUGGAUGUCGGGAAAUCCCAGCCGAGUGUUAGCAAGGAGCAGCAUCUGAUGUCCUCAGCGACUAUGGAUGACAAAGACAACGCCAACAUCCUCUCGUUUGAUAUACCGAGCAUGCAGGUGGACGGGGACCGAGACAGCUCCACGUUCUGGGCAUUCGGAGACCACCCGUCGCCCAGUGCCGGGAUGCUGUGUCCGCCAUCAAGCAGCGAUUCAGACAUGAACUGGCUGGAUGUUAUGAUGUCAUCGUCUGGAUCGGGGCUCACCCCUGUCAGUGUGACCCCACCUACAAACAUCGGUGCUGAAGGGUCUCUUGGAACACCACUAGGCAAAGAACCUUUCUCGCUCAAUCUUUUUGAUUUGAAUGAUGACGCUUGGGACAAUAUACACGUCACCGAUUGAUGACGAUGUAAAUUAUGCUCCAAUUUUUUGUACCAUCCCAGAGAUCUUUACAAGCAAAGCAUGUUCCGUUGAUCAUCAUCACUGUACAAUUGGAACCAUUGGCAAGAGAAUGUCCCUGAAGACAUCACUGACAGUUACCUAUAGUCCAAAGAGGUUAGGAGACAUUGGGCAAUUUCAAGUUCAGUGUUGACCUUUUAGUGUUGGUGUUGGGUAAUUUUUACAUAAGCACAGCACCAAACAUGAAAUGAAGUUGGUCCUGAAAAGUCACUAUCGAGGUGUUGAGCGGUCGAUGUCGUAAUCUGGAUCAUCUGUGUAAACUCAAAGUAGGGUUUGGAGCUAGGAAACGCAAUCCAAAUUGUGUUUCUACCACAAACAGCGGAAUUGAAAUCAUCCAUUGAAUCUGUGAAGAAAAGUAUAUUCUUGUAAUCUGAUCUCUGGGAUCUCAAGUCUAUUAUGACAUUUCCAAAGGUCCUUCAUCGCCAUGUUGUCCACUUUUUUUACACCCAGUGCAGGAAUCCCCAAAGUCCCUCACGUUUUAGAGGUGAAUUUUGGAAGAGAUGCGUUGCAAGAACUAUUCCGCGCUGGUUAGAAAAGUGUUCCGAAUGACAAUGCCGAGAGGAAACCUGCAAAUUUUAUAACGAUUCCAUGAUUGUCAUAUCCUCAUUUUGUGUGAUGAAUAUCUGUAAGGUGUCUUGAAAAAACAAAUUGCAGUUGCAAUACUAGUAUGGUGGCGAAAUGUACGCCGUUGAAUGGAGUUUAGCUUGUUUAGGUGCCUGGACAUGUCAGUGUCAAUAUACCAAGGAAAGUUCGAUUGAAGGAAGAUUUGGGGAACUGAUACAGCUUCCACGAUUGUUGUUAAGAAGGUGAAGGAUUCAAGUAUUGACUAUGUGGAAGCAGAGCAUGAAUAUUUGAAUGUAUGAUACAAUGAUUAUAUUUUUGAAAGAUGGUGUCUGCAAAGUGUGGAAUUUCCCCUGCUUCGGAUGAAGGUGGGUGGGGGGAAUAAUUAAGUAUUCAUCACAUUGAAAAAGAGACUGAUCCUAUGAUUCCUUUGAAAUUGUAUUUGUUUAUUGCUGUUCAGUUUGUCUGCUUGGAACUAUGCUGCUACGCAACCAUAGAACAUAAAUGUUCUCAAGGUAUUGUCAGAAUUUUCGGUGUCGUCGGAGACCUGGAAUUCUAAAAUCUUGCUACGUUUUGUGGCCUUGAUGUUUGUUUAUGUCUCAAAGUUUCAGAUUUUAUUUAGUCACAUGUAGCUCUGUGCAGUGAGUGGACGAGUAAAAAAAGAAAACAUGUGCACCUCAGAUUUUUUUAGAUAGUAUUUAUUUUUGUGGAUUCAUAUUUAUGUUCAUUAAUUAACUCAUACGAGGAUUUAUGUAUGGAGUGAUAUGUUUUUAUCAAUUUGUGUGGCAAUAUACCUUUUUAGUUUUCUUUUCGUUGUCAUGAUUGAAUGAUAUUGUGUUUUCUUUCUAGUGCUUUGUUUUUCAGUUCAAUUUUUGGAGAGUAUAAGUUUGAAAACACGAUCAUUAUAUUUGUGUAUUCAGAUUCAGUAAAGCCUGCUUAGGCCUCCUUGCGUUACUAAAUUCAUGAAGAUGAUGCGUCAUAUGAAAAAGACGGUUUUUACGUUCGGUGCUUGGGAUUUGUGCUUUUGAAUUAUAUUUGACAUAGCAAGAUGUAUGUUUUUUGUUUUGGACUAGAUUCAUAUUACUCUAAAAAAAAACAUGUCAGAUAUGAGCCAUAUAAUAUACUAGGCCUGUAAGAGAAGUCUGAGACUGAACGAUCAUGGUGAUGAAGAGAGGGCGCUCUAUAAUCAGUAUUAUGUACAGCCAGAAUUAACAAGGAUUCACAUCCGGGCCAUGUUUCAUAAACUUGUUAUCAAUAUCAAAUUACAUAUUUUGCUGUAAGCAGCUACUGAACUUGUAGGAUCUGGAAGACAAUAUAUAUAUAUAUAUAUGAAUUUGUCUUUAGUUGUCGAUAACACGUUUUAAAGACCUGGAGGGAUGUUUCACGGAUAUUAAAGUUUCACUUAGAAUCGCACUCAAAUUCCAGCUGCGUGUGGUAUAUAACGCAUCACCGCAUUGGUCAGAUCACGGUAAGGGGAUGCGCACUCCUGCGCAUUGAUCAAUGAUAUUUCGCAUUCAGUAAUAUCAUGUGUGUGCCAACAUUUAAGCAUGACUUAAGUCACAAUCUUUGUGAAACACCCCCCAGUUUGGCAGUCUGAAAUCCAUCUCAACCGUAGAGUAUUUGAAAUAUUUUGUUUACUAGGUUCAAGAUUUGGAUGCAACAAACCUGCUUUACGCAGAAGAGAAGAUGGUACCUAAUUUGACUUUGCGUAUAUGUCAUUCCUAUAGAAGAUAUGACAUGAAGUGAAAACUUGUUUUUAACCAUAAUUCAAUUCUUUAAAUAUUGUUCCCAGACCUAGCCAGUCAAAAGUGAACAACAAUUAUUGCAUCAUAACAUCCAAAACUAAGUGUGCUCUCUUUAGGGUAAAAAAAGUAUUCUACAGCUCAAGCUAGCUGUAUUUGACUUUGAUCAUUGUUAAAUCAGUUUCCAUGGCAAAGUUAUUUAAGUAAUUGCUUAAUUGUUGGGUCAUUCUCAAGAAAAUGUCUCACAAGUCUAAAUUUCUGGCCCACAGCUCCACCCCAGCAAAAAGUGUUUAUGUUGGAAGCCAGUGGAGUAGUAUGUUAACUCGAUUAGCCCAAUGUCUUGGCAAUAGAAACUAGCUCAGACCUUAGUUGCCUGUGGAUUAUUUGUAUUUCCUAUUUGAAAUUUGAAUCAACCAUAUUUUGCAUAGUGUAAUAACAGAAUUAGUCCAGAGACAUGUAGAAGCACUCUUUAUUUAUUGAGAAUUAGACAUACAUGCUCUGAUGCCAGUGUCGCACCAACGGAACUGACUCCAGGGCUCCGUAACACAAAGGUUUGCGAUGAAUCGCAAAUAUGAAAGAACCACACUGAUUGGUUCCCGGUCAGUAUUUUUAACUGAAUACACGUAUAACAUUGAUCUUGAUUGAUCAGUCCAUUUAGCGAUUGAUCGCUAAUCUUUGUGUUAUGGAGCCCAGGACGAACAAAUCUAUUGCGUUAUUACCAAUGACAUAUUAUUGGUCUGUUUGGAGUAUGUUUCUUUGGUGCGACUGUAGCGUUGUGGCUUUGUAGUUGGUAGCAUUAAACUGUCUUUUCUUACAGGCCUAGUAGUUACAUGUACUAAAGGCUAUCUCCUUUUUUCUUUCCAUUGAACUGUUUUAGACAAAAAGCAUUCCACCUCCUCUUAAAGAAGUGCGAGGUCACCAACAUGUUCUAUCAAUUUCUUGUGUUCUAUUCAUCUUUUUUUUUCCUUCUUUUGAUUUUCCUUUCUCUCCAAGAUGCUUUAAUUUGGAAUGUAAAAGUUAAAAUCAGAACGUACUGGGUUUCUGCCAGAGCUUGAGCGCAUUUCAGGUUUGCCUGUGGAUUAUUUGUUUUAUUUCCAGUUUUGUUGAUGAAAAUAUCAGAAAUAUUUCUAUUUAAUUUAUCUUCUCUUGAACAUUUUUUCCAGUCAAGUAGAAUACACUAGAUUAAUGUAAAUAAGAGCGAGUAUACAAAUUGAUUAUUGAUAUUUACUAUUGGCCAUAAUUAAUAUAAUUGUAGAGUAAGAAUUUGGGGUUGUUUUGUGUAAUAUGUUGUUGUUAAGCAUUUAACGAUGUCCCCCAUUAUAUAUUAAAGGUGUAUAUGUUGUUGAUAUGAAUUGUGUAAAGUAAACAAAAAAAAUCUGUAUGAAUAUGUACAUAGUAUUUCUGUGAUAUAGCGAGUGUGAUUUUUCUAACGACUUAUGAAGGCCUACCAUAACCUGUAGAUAGUUGGGUGUUCAAACGCUAUGCAAAACAUCACGACGUGAAUGGGUUACUAAAGUGAAACAAUUUGCAGAGUUGUAUUGUGUAAUGGUCUUCCACAGUUCAUUGGGAUAUAUUUUGAUUGUCAAUUUUCUUGUGUGAUAAUGUAACAUAAAAUGUACAAUUUGAGAAUUGUGUAGAAAAAUUGUCGCUUGAAUGCACUUUUCAUUUGAAACCUAAUCAAAUUGAAUUAAAUAUAAAUUGCAUCUUAGAUGUAUGGAAUUUGCAUCUUUUCCAUUUCUUGUUUCUCUCUCCUCUUCUCUCUGUUGCUCUCUCUCCUCUCCCUCUUCCUCUCAUCCAUCCGUUCUCCUCUAUAUCUCUGUCUCUUUUUCAUUUGUUAAAAAUAUAUCUGUACCUGGUAGAACUCCCUCCUUAAGUAUCAACUUAAAGGGUAGUAUAAUGUGCUACGUGUGGUAUUCAAUGUCAACCUCUCAAAAUGUCAUCUAGGUUUCCCUGGGAUAUAGAACGUGAAAUAUGUUGGAAAUAUGACAUGAUUUUCCAUACAGCAUGGCAUUUUCCAAGGCCCCAAAUAAAUUCACAAAUUACAGUAUUUUGAAUAUUGAACGUAAAUUACACCCCCCCAAAAAAAAAAAAAUCCUUAAUUAUACAUUGUGUUAUUCAGUUAAUGCUCUAAUAGGGUAUCCUACUCUGGGCCGUAACACAAAGCUUAGCGAUCAUUGUUGCCAAAUUUUUUCACGAUAGAUUGCAUUGACUACAAAGUACAAUUAAUUGCGAAAAUCAAGUGUAUUAUUAAUUGCUAACCUUUGUGCUACAGGACCCAGAUUGGUGUAACAAGUGACACAAGUACUUGUACCAUUAAUUGUAACUGUAGGUCAGUGGGAGACUACGUACAAAGAGUUACAAUUAAUUGUAGAUAUCAAGCAUAUCUUUUUUGAUGUGAUACCCCCAUCUCAGACCUCGAGUGGUAUUCUGAUAGCCAUGGUUUAGUUAAACCUGGGGGGGUGUUUCACAAAAAUUUAAGUAUGACUUAGAGUCACACGUAAAUGCCGAGUUGCCUGCAUUAUAAAUGGCAUGACCGCGUUGGUCAGAUCAUGCAAAGAGGAUGCGCACUACUGCGUAUUGAUCAAUUAGAUUCGCAUAGUAUUUCAGAUAUACGUCAACAUUUAAGUACAAUUUAAGUCAUGCUUAAAUUUUUGUGAAACACCCCCUGGGUCAACUUAGAGUACACUUUUAUGGAGUGCCACUUGUCAGCUUAUUCAUCAAUUAAUAUUAUUUUCCUGCUGCAAUUUUUUUUUCAAAAAAGUAAUUCAGCUGUUAAAUGAGAAGAAUAGGAAAAUACACAAACAUGAUGACUUUGAGUUGUGAAAUAAUUGAAUUUUAACUGAUUUGUGUAUUAUGAUUGCCAUGAAUAUGGAACAAUGGUGAUGAAGUCCAGUAUUCCAUAAAAGUGUGGUUUGAAAUUCUAGUUCAAACUAGGAUUAAACCUAGGUUUAAUUACCAUAAUACCAUCUCUUCAUGGGAGUUUUGUCCACUGGAAGAUAUUAUCAAACAAGAGAAACUUAUUGAGAGAGUAAUUCUAUCAAAAGAAGAAGCCGCAACGGGAGAUGUGGGAUAAUUUCCAGGAUUCCUAUUUGUCUUUACCUACAUGUCCUACUGUAUUUCAGUUAUCCCAGUCCUGUCAUAGCUUAAAUAUUUGUAUUGAACUUUCAAUUGUCGUUUUAGUACUAAGAAUGACUGUCCUCUUGAUAUGAGUAUUAACUUAGAAUGCACAGGGGCAUAGCUAGGAAGGAAGGGGAACAUGCACCCCACCCAGACACCACUUUGGUUAGGGGGAAGGGCAAAUAAAUAUGGGAAACGAGAUAUAUGAAAAUGAGAAAUACCUUGAAUGUUUCCACUGAUGAACAACUCACCAUCAGUACCAGAAUUUCAAGGAAGCAAGAUUUCAGCACCAGCCAGCCCCGCUAUUCAAUGUUUGUCCCAGACGUUUCUCUAGAUAUGCUACUGGAGUGCUGAAUUAUCUAAAAGAAUAUCCUGUAGUAUUUUAUGUUUCAGUUACUACAUAAUUACAUAUAUCCCCCGCACCAAAAAUAUACUUUAAAAAAAUAAACUAAAUCAAUAAAGGAAUUAUCAUGAAACAAAAUAUAUCUUGUUAUUACACCCCCAUACUUUGAUUUAGUACAUUGGAUGUUACCUUGUACUUCUUUUGUUUUUAUUUAAUUUACAUUGAAAAUUACGAUCCCUGUAUGUGAUAUGUGUGUAUCAAUUUAUUCAUAGGUCUCUUUAUAUUAUGCAUCCUCUGUACUUGUAUAUUAUUUCGAAAAAGGUGACAACUCCUAUUUCCUCCUGUAAAUUGACUUGAAUAUUAGAAUUUAUAUGAUUGGGCUUAAAUAUGGGAUAUUUGGCUAAAGAUUGAUGAUGUAAACCAUGUACAGACUAAUCUCACUUAAUGUCACACAGCUGUGGAAUAGUCGCUUAUACAAUAAAAUGCUGUAUGCAAGUUAA